GGGGCCCAACCCGCCUGGCAAUGCAGAGCUUCCUGCAACUGCUGAGGGGAAACGAGGGCCCCAGCCUGCCCUUGUCGGAGCUGGUGACCCUCGCAGGCAGGCUGUGCCGCGACCUCCAGGAUGACCCCACCCAGGUGCAACCCUUGGUCACAGCCGUGCUGGACAGCCAGUUCCGCCUGUACCUCUUGGACAAUGCGGAUGUGGCCCUGGUGUGCGCCAGCGUGCUGGCCCAGCGAGAGCAGCACCAGGCCGCCUGCCGGCUGCUGGAGGGGUGCCAGGUGCCAGGUGGCAGCCCCAAGCUGGUGCAGCUCUGGAAUGACAUCCACUACCGUCUGGCCAUGAAGAGGCUCGGCGUGUCCACGCUGACGCCGGUGCAGAAGUUCCGGUGCAGGAAGAGGAAUCCACCACCUGCCUCCCUCUGCCCUAAUGGCCUCAAGAGCCGGAACUUCCCCAGAGAAGUUCGCCAGAAGCUGGAGGACUUUGCCUCGGGCGUGAGCACCAAUCCUAGCAAGGCUGAGCGGGAGGGCCUGGCCUCUGAGACGCAUCUGACCACGGAGCAAGUCUACAACUGGUUUGCCAAUUACCGGCGGCGCCAGAGGGCCCUGAUGCAGCGUGCGGCGCCAGCCCCAGACUCAGCAGAUGACCUCACGUCGGGGGAGGCGAGUCGGCACCUACCCCCGCAGCCAACAGACCACCCCCAGCCUGGCUCUGGGCUUGUGGACAGGCCUCAGUGGUCAACAGGACCUGAGAAAAGUGGGCCUCUACAGACCCUGGAGACCACUCAAGGGCCGUGGGAGCCGGUGGCUCUGACCCCACACUUUUCUGGAGAAGAGACUGUGCCCAAGUCACUGGCUUCCAGGUCUCUGCAGGGUGGUGAGAUAUACCAGGAGGGACCUAACCAUGAUCCUGCCACUCUGCCCCCUGUCUGCUCUGGCCCUGGUCUCUGUCCUCUGGCUGCUGCCAACGAUAUGCUGGACCCCUCUCUGGCUGCCCCUGAGUCGUGGCUGAUGUCUCUCGCACUGGCAUCCUCCAAGGAAGUUUCCUUCCAGACUGGGCAGCUGAUCCACAGUCAUGGGCUGGACCUCACCAUGCGCCCUACAGACGCUGCUCUGGCUGUGUCCUUCACUGCCCUCAGGGAGCCCAGCCCCACAGGAUUUGCUGACCCUCCCAGCAUCAACCCCCAGGGCACAUACCAGGAGAAGGAUCCGGGUUCCUGCGGUAGCCAAGCAGAACAGCAGGCGGGCAACCUCCGGGUAACCCAGCCCCUGGCACAGGCUCCCGAUUUCAUCCUCACCCAGAGCCCCUCAGACCUGACUCCGGCCCCACCAGGCUUCCCUGGCCCCAUGUCUGCCGUGGAGCUGAGCCAGCCCCCUCCCUCCAGCCAGGUGCAGUGGUCUGAUGGGCAGACCUCCAGUGACGCCUUCUGGGGAGCCAGGAUGCUCCUGGAGCUUUCAGGGGGUAGCCUGGGCUGAGCUGCCUCUUGGGAGCCUGACCAGUGCUCCAGGGGAGCAGCUGUGGACAUCCAGCAACUCAAGUAACAGAGCUUUAUCCCUACUGAAGAAGGAGGUCCCCAGAGUUUCCUGGGGGUUCUGCUGAGCCCCCCAUGCCCUGUUUGAAUAGUUUGGUUGUCAACUUUAUGUAUUGGAAGAAGCAUCUGAGAAACAUUCCUGAAGUCAGAAGUCAAAGGUGGGUCUGUUCUAUGCAGGCAGCAGCAGAUUGCAGUCAGGUUCCAGGGUGGGUUCUGGGCAGUGAAGGCCUUUCUCAGAGAGGGGAUGUUGCCCUUCGGGCCUCCCACCUGUCCUGUGACAAGGCCAGACUUCUCCCAGUAGAUGUUGUGAGUGAGGUGUAGGCAACCUCUGGCAUUUCUGAGUCUAGGGUUUGCACAGAGGCACGUGCACUGGGGGAGAGCCUGCUAGGCUGGGGUGGGGGGUGCCUUGCCCAGGGUUGUGAUUCAUUGUGUUUGCCCAGCAAAUGU